GAUGUAGUUCACGUUUCCAUCAAGUAGCUUCCGGUUAGUAAGACAGCUACUUUUUCGGGGAAACAGCAAUUUUCGAAGACUUUUUUUAUUCUGUAACACAAAAUGACAGAAGAGAGAAAGGGAUCGGGGUUACUUCUCAACAAUGAGUACCUUUGUUUUUUAAAUUUGUUUUGUAUUCCAGAGCUGCGUGAUGCCGCUAGCUCGGCGAUUUAGCCUAGCGGGCUAAUCAAAUCGUCAGAAGGGUUCCGCCGCUACCUGUCAGACGGAGGAAAUAAUCAUCUUGGUUCUUUAAAGCCAUUUCAGUGGAAACGGGAGCUUUUAAGAACGGUACUUUUCACGUGAACCCAUCUGGAUUGCGGUUUAAUUUGCUGAGAUGAACAGAGAAGUGAGACAUGAUUGACUUAACGUUUGUGUAGAUGUUAUGACCGUUGGCCUGUCUGUGAAGAAAACAGGUUGUUCAUUUGUAACCGAACCGUAAAUAAUGUAAACCGACCUGUCUUUCAUUGCGUGGAUCGUGUUUGUUUAGAUGUUAAUGUCAGACCGAUCUUUGGCUGUCAACGUGUCGCAUGGGUUCAGGAGACAAGUUGGAAAGGUAAACACGACCUGCUAACAGGACGUGGAACAGUUUGCACUAUACGUUAUUAUAUUUAAUUUAAUUUUGGGCACAUCUGUAGCAGAUACUUAGUGUAUAAUCUGGCUACUGGUAGUGACAUUCCUCCUACUUCUUAUUUGCACUUUUAGGUUGUUGGUGCAUUAAGCCUCACAAUCUAUUCUGCUUCUGUUCAACUCAGAUUGUGAUGCAACGAAACUAGGACACUGAUGAUUAGCUGACACCUUGAGGUCAAAGACACUGAGAUGAUAAAAAAAGAUCUCAGAUGUUUACCUUAAUGAGAGGGCGUCUAUGUUGUUUCUCUUGUUUGGUUAGGGUAGUGGUGAUGAUUGCACACUUGCACGAUGGGACUGUUAGCUGAAUUGUAGUUUUAUGAACAUUUCUGUGAUCAUCCAAACAAACCGCGAUGCCGCCUGUCUUAUUAUUGAUGCUGUAUGGAGCGUUAUGCAGCUUUGGAACAGCUAUGUUGAGAGAGGAGAAGAACAAGUUGAGGAAUCAAGUGGUUGAGAUGUUUGAUCACGCAUAUCAGAACUAUAUGGACCAUGCGUACCCAGCAGACGAGCUGAUGCCACUAACCUGCAGAGGAAGAGUACGUGGGCUGGAGCCGAGUCGAGGGGAUGUGGACGAUGCUCUUGGCAAGUUUUCUCUGACCCUUAUCGACACUUUGGAUACUUUAGUGCUCCUGAAUAAGACGACAGAGUUCGAGGCUGCUGUGAGGAGAGUUCUAUCCGACGUGCGGUUGGACAACGACAUUGUCGUGUCAGUCUUUGAAACCAACAUCCGAGUCCUUGGGGGUUUGUUGGGAGGUCAUUCCAUGGCUGUGAUGCUGAAGGAAGGCAGGCAGCACAUGCAGUGGUACCAGGAUGAGCUCCUGAAUAUGGCCAAAGACCUGGGACUCCGACUGCUGCCGGCCUUCAACACCAGCAGCGGCCUGCCUUAUCCCAGGGUGAACUUGAAACAUGGAGUGAGGGGUCCUGAGACACGCACGGGCACAGAAACAGACACAUGCACCGCGUGUGCAGGGACCAUGAUCCUGGAGUUUGCUGCCUUAAGUCGUUUCACCGGGGACCCUGUGUUUGAGGAGCAUGCCCGCAGAGCCUUGGACUUCCUGUGGGAGAAGCGACAGAGGAACAGCAAUCUGGUGGGAACAACCAUCAACAUCCACUCAGGAGAGUGGGUCAGAAGAGACAGUGGAGUUGGAGCAGGAAUUGACUCGUAUUAUGAAUACCUGCUAAAGGCCUACGUCCUCCUGGGAGAUGACGAGUUUCUACAGAGGUUCAAUACCCACUAUGCAUCUAUAAUGAAGUACAUCAGCCAGCCUCCUCUGCUGCUGGACGUCCACAUCCACAAACCUCUGCUUCCUGCUCGCACCUGGAUGGACUCUCUGCUGGCCUUCUUCCCUGGACUGCAGGUGUUAAAGGGAGAUAUCCGUCCUGCCAUCGAAACUCAUGAGAUGUUGUACCAAGUCACCAAAAAACACAACUUCCUCCCAGAGGCCUUCACUACUGAUUUCAGGGUACACUGGGCUCAACAUCCCCUGAGGCCUGAGUUUGCAGAGAGCACCUAUUUCCUUUAUAAGGCCACAGGAGACCCGUACUACCUGGAGGCAGGCCGCACCAUCCUGGACAACCUCAACCGCUUUGCUCGCGUGCCUUGUGGGUUUGCUGCAAUGAAGGAUGUUCGCACAGGAAGCCACGAGGAUCGAAUGGACUCCUUCUUCCUUGCUGAGAUGUUUAAAUACCUCUUCCUGCUGUUUGCUGAGACAGAUGACCUCCCUUUUGAUGUAGAAGACUAUGUCUUCACCACUGAGGCACACUUACUGCCUCUUUCUCUCUCCACCUCACCUUACUCCUCACCCAUCGCCUCCAACAGAACUACGGACGAGGAGCUGGAUGACUCCAACUUUGAUUGGACGUGUCCAAACACACGGCUCCUGUUUCCAGACCCCGCCUUUCCUCGUAACUUGAGAGAACCGAUCCGUGGUGUAGUUGAUAAAAGCUGCCCGCGGCCUGCCCCUUACAGGGAACCGGGUAUGGGCCGUCCACCUCUCAGGGCUCAAGACUUCAUGGCAAACAACCCUGAACAUCUGGAGCUGCUGAGGAGGAUGGGAGUCAGUCUCAUCCACCUGAAAGAUGGCAGAGUGCAGCUUGUCCAGCAUGCUACUCAGGCGGUGAGCGCUGUAGCAGCAGAGGAUGGUGUGAGAUUCAUGCAGGAGAUGAUGGAGCUGUCCAGCCAGCAGCAGAAAGAGCAGCUGCCUCCCAGAGCUAUCCAGAUCGUCUCCCAUCCGUUCUUUGGCAGGGUGGUGCUGACCGCAGGUCCAGCACAGUUUGGCACAGACCUGUCCAAGAGUGCUACUGGGGUUCGAGGCUUCGUGACAGUGGCUGAGCCUUACAGAGGCUGCUCUGAGAUCACCAACGCCGAGUACGUUCAAGGCCACAUCGCUCUGCUGCAGAGGGGUCAGUGUAUGUUUGCUGAGAAGGCCCGACACAUCCAGAAGGCCGGCGCCAUCGGGGGCAUAGUCAUUGACGACAACGAGGGCAGCAGCAGCGACACGGCUCCCCUGUUUCAGAUGGCCGGAGACGGCCGCAGCACGGAUGACAUCACUCUGCCGCUCCUUUUCCUCUUCCACAAGGAGGGCAACAUCCUGUUGGAGGCGCUGAAGGAGUACAGGGAGGUGGAGGUGCUGCUGAGUGACAAAGCCAGAGACAGAGCAGCCAUAUUUAAAGGUAAACCUCUUCCUGGAAGCCUGAUUGAGGGCAGUGUAGACGUACAAGAAGCAGAGGAGGACUGUCAAACUGAGGCAACGACUCCCACUUCAUUUGAACCUGUUAGUCAGUCACAGAUCAGCACCGUGGAGCUGGAUGAGUCAGCUGCUGAGGAGGUCUCUCCUGCGCAGGAGGAGAUCAGCCCGGCUACUACUGCAGAGGAAGCACCACAAGAGGAAGUUAGUCCUGUUGAGCAGCAAGCUGAUUCGGCUCAGCCUAAGGAGGAAAGAGACGAGAAGAGAGACUCUGAGGAGACAAAAGAGCCUCGUGAUGACACGGACUCAAACAGCCAAUCAGUGGAUGAGAUGCUUGCUGAUUGGCGGGAAGACCUGGAGGCUUUCAGGCAGAUGGAGAAGGAUGAGCUCUGACAGUCUUUGGGCUCAUCGUGCUCUCUGACUGUGGGUUUACCUCCCUCCGCAUGGGGAGACACCUGGGGGGUGUAUAGUCUCACGUCACCAGUCUCCAUCUGAUGAACUCUGAGGAAGCUGUGAUAACGGUUUACAUCGUCCCCUCUGUGAAGGUUGUCACGCACAAAGGCAGCCUACGCGCUGUCCUUAGGUAGACGAGGAAUCAAAGAGCUGCCUUUUCUGUGUGUGAGACGACGUAUCGACCCACACAGGACCGCUCAGAGUCAGACCAGACGCAGCGCCUCACCCUCGAGUUUGUUUCCUCACUUUGUGGUUCUCUAUGCAUUUCUGACUCGUUUUGAUGCCGGUCCAACUACUUUUUUCACUCAUUAAUCCAUCGACCAAUUAGUUUCAUUCAAUGUGAAGCUGGUGUGUUAUUUAGUAUUUGAAUGGGCUUGGGUAUAAUCUGAUGUACACCUUGAGAAGCAAGAAUUUCAUGAAUGCGGGGGGGGGGGGGGGGAGUUAUUUUUAUGUGUUGAUGGUGGACAAAAAAACUCAACACCAAUAGUCUUAUCGUCUCCGGAGGACAUAUGAGAUAUGUGUAAAUAUUUAUUUAUCCAGAUACAUGAACUGAAGCAAUUCGGUGCUGCUCAGGUUCUGGCGCCUGUGGACCUUAUUGGAGCACACACACCCUGGAAUGGGCCGGAGUACACGUCCGUCCUCAGGGUGGUGCUGUUAGAUCUAUUUAUUAUGCUGACUUGAACGACCAGCAGUCAACCAGUGAUCUGAUGAAAUUCAAUAAAGACGGGGAAAAAUAAGUGGGGUGGAUUAUCCUAAUGAUUUAAAUUUUGUGGAAUUUUAGAACUGAAAGUUUAUUUUUGUAUUUUUGCUUCUCAGCUGAAUGGAAAACAAAGAGAAGCUUAUAAACUUGUUAAAUGUGUAUCUUCGCUAAAUAUGGUUGGCUUGAGUCAAACUAAGGAAGAUGGAGAAAGCUGUCAGUUUUUAGAGGUCAUGGUUAACAUGCAUGUUGACUUAGAAGAGAUGAGAAUGUUUUGAGUCAAACCUGGAGAUUAUAAAGUCAGAUCUUUUCUAUAAACAGUGGGUGGACACCUGCGUCAAUCACAUGAGUCAACACGACGGAUAUGUAAUUGAAAUAUUCUCGUGUAACGUGGCAUUACUGUCAGAACGAUUGCAGCUGCUGCGCAAACUUCAGUUAAAAGAUGGACAUGUAAAAAGUAAUAAAGUCUUCUGAACAUCUGGGGAUUGUUUUAACUCUUGUGGGGCUAGCUUUAGAGUGCAUGCAGUAUGCAGCAUUAAUGCAACAGGAGCAUUAGCACAAAGUGUUAUUAAAGUAAAAACUGAAUAUAUUGAAUACUAGAUUGGGUUGCUUAAAUAAAUUUAAUUUGACCUUGGCUGCAAAUAUGUUGCCAUAGAUGGCAUGCACAUUAUAAUUUAUAUUUCAAUGACUGACAAAAAGAAGCUAAUCUGCCAGAAUAAAUUGUAAGAUUUACUUGUCUGAUCACAUUUGCACAACUUUUAUGGCUUUUAGAUUUGCUUCUAUGUUUUUAAUUUCCUGAUUUUUUUUGUCAAAAAAUAGAGUACCUAAUGUUUAGUUAGGAAAAAAGUAUUUUUUGCAUGCAUUAGUUUAUUUAAUUAAGCUAUUUGUGUCACAUUUUGUGUUUAAUUGAUGUGCAGCACGUAAUUCAGUCGCUUUUUAGUUUGAGGUGCCUACGUGUGAAAGGUGAUGAGAUCCGAGCCUCGGCUCUGCUCCUGGAGGGCCUCUGUUGGCCCCGCAGGGACCAGAACCUCGGCUCGGUUCGAGCGCUGAUUGGUGGUGUGGCGAGGCGCUCUUCAGUAAGAUGGCUGCAUUGCUGCGCGCAUUUAGUGGCAUCCUGGUGAAAUGACGCACAGUUUACGUUCAGUCCUCGCGGCUCGCAGCUCUCCAGUCUCCAUAGCUCCCAUCCCGCCCGGCACACGGCCCGGAAGACCGAGCCGCUACCCUCAAGUGGACCGAGCGGAACCGGUUCAUCAGAGUGCGAGUGCGAUGAGGAGAAGUGUCAGAGAUUGAGGCCAUGGGCUGCACCUCGGCCAAGCAGGUGUCGGCCGUGCCCAACGAUGAGGAGGGACGCGGCAAGGCCUACAGCAACGGGGACCUCCUCUCUGAUGAGUACAAGUUGAAGGGAGUGGAGGAGGUAAAGUACAUGAGAGGGGAAGAGAAUCGAGUGAAUGCACGUAACCAGGAGAAUCUGG